AUGGCGCUAAUCUCGGUUCGCUGCGGAGACCGGACGAAGUCCGAACACUCACCAUACGCUGUCCUCAUUUUUCCACGAAGAGAAGCAGCCCACCGGCAGGAUUGUUCCAGUCGUCUUUUUCAGGGUCUUCAAAAGCUUUACUCGUUAAUAAUUAGAAAUGCGAAAUUGUCGACAAUACCGGACGACUUGUUCGCUUAUACUCCAAAUCUGAUGACUUUGGACCUCACUGGUAAUGAGCUGCAAAUAGAGCCUUAUUCUCUGCAGUCACUUCGAAAUCUGAUCCAUCUGGAUUUGAGCAACAACUCGAUUGGUUUCCUUACAAACACACUAAUUUCUCUAACAAAUUUGAAGGUGCUAACAUUGGACCACAAUAGACUAACAAAUGUGGAUUUUCGUAGGUUACCUCAGGAGUUAACUGAUCUCUCACUUCGACACAACUUCAUAAACCAUAUUCAUUAUGUGGCCGAGAGUACUAGAAAUCUCCGCCGAAUUGAUCUUUCCGGUAACCAACUGGGUUUUCUUGCCGGCUAUGGUGCGGUGAACGUGCUUCCACCGUCUCUUAAACAAGUCGACCUUUCCAAUAAUCGAAUCGCUUUCGUACACGAAAACGCACUUGCGCACAUGAAAACGUUGGCAGUCCUUGAUCUGAGGUAA